AUGUCCUCGAACAGCGAGAGCGGAAAGCAUAUCCGCCUCCUGCGUACGCUCUCCGUCGCUCUCUGGGUGCUCACCGCCGGCGCCGCCUACCUGUUCUCAUUUCUCCCGCUUUUUGACUCGUCUCCUCGCACCUUGCUGAAUAGCGACCGCGUUCCACUGCUGCGCUGGGAUGCGUUUUACUUUGCCCACAUCGCUCAGGAAGGCUACGUGUACGAACACGAAUGGGCAUUCCUCCCUGGUGCCCCCAUGACCAUGCGGGCCAUGGCAUACGCGCUGGAGGCGGUCGGUUUGAAGAGGCUGUACGACUUCACGGACAUUGAGUUUUUACUGCUGAGCGGUGCACUUGCUGCUUGUCUGGCCGGCAGUACGGUCACUCUCUAUCGUCUGACCCUGCACCAUCUCCAAUCGCCGACAAUUGCCCUAAUUUCCUCCCUCCUGUCUCUGCUCCCUAGCAGCCCUGCAACGCUCCGGCUCGCCAGCUACAGCGAACCAUUCGUCACGUACCUAUCCUAUCAAGGGAUGCUAUAUUGCGCCAGGUCUCGGUGGCUCCUAGCGACGUGCUGCUUCAGCCUUGCCGCAAUUUUCCGCUCAAACGGAUUCAUGCUUGGCGGAUUCAUUCUCUGGGGCCUGCUCAUCGAGCCCUUCCUCGCUCGCAGACCCAUCUCGCCCGUUAAUCUGGCCUAUGCGACCGCCCUGACGUCGGUCGUGCUCGCCCCAUUCGUCGCAUACCAAUACGCCGCGUACCGCGCUUUCUGUGAGCUCCCAGCGACGCCCGCGCCGUGGUGCGCGCGCACCCCACCGGUCAUCUACAGCUACGUCCAGGGCAAGUACUGGGACGUCGGCUUCCUGCGCUACUGGACACUACAGCAGCUCCCGAACUUUCUCAUCGCGUCCCCCGUCCUCGCGCUGCUGCUCUCCUUCGCGUGGUUCUACCUCACCCGUGCGCUCUUCCCCCGCCUGCGUGCCCUCCUCGCCGGUUCCCCCAAGGCUGCGUCAUCCCCCUCGUCGUCGCCGUUCCUCUCGCCCACGCUCGCGCCCCAUGCGAUCCACGCGCUUGUCUUGACCCUCGCCCUGCUUUUCGCCGCACACACGCAGAUCGUCCUCCGGCUCGCAGCGUCCAUGCCGUUCACGUACUGGGGAGCGGCAUGGCUCGUAGUGGAGCACCCUCCGUGGGGACGGCGGUGGGUGGCUUGGAGCGUCGUGUGGGGCGCGGUGUCGCUGGUGCUUUGGACAACGUUUCUGCCACCUGCGUGA